AUGGCAUUUUUGGUCGUCUGGCUCUUGGGCGAUGUGUCUAAUCUCUCUCGUCGUGCUGCGGCCCGGCCUUGCGCACCCUCCAGACUCCGGAGGCCUGUUCCCGAUUCCCGUCCCACGACACAGCGUCGCGAUGCAUUUUGCGACAGGCCAGAGACUAACCGUACCCCCUUCGCAGGAGCCCUCUUCACCAAGCUGGCCCCGAGCGCCGUUGCGCUAGCCACGUACUUUUGCUUCCUCGACGCCAUUCUUAUCGCCCAGACGGGCUACUACAAGGGAAAAGCUGCUCGGCGACGCGCCGCUGCCCACCAGGCCGCACAAGACCGGGCUUACUUGUCCGCCACAGCAUCCGAGGACUCUCCUCUCCUAGGACGGCGCCGGCGAAGCUCGACCGACCUGCCGGGGUCGCUGAUUCGACAUGAUACACACCGAGAGUCUGCCCUCGAACCGAUUCGAAAGGUGGUGACUGGCCAGGACGAGACGCCAGAGCGACGACCUUGGUUGAACAACUUGCUUGGGCUGAUGGCCAUCUACAUUGUUGGAUUCGCAGGGUGGUUCGUCACCUACAAGGCGGGCAUUUGGAGUGGCGACAACGGCGUCCCCGACAGCAGUCUACAAGAUCCCUCUUCAGAAGACGAUUUAAAGGCAAAGUUUGGGCUGGCCUUGGGCUACGUCAGCGCGCUGUUUUAUCUCUGCGCGAGAUUGCCUCAAAUUUUCAAGAACUACCAGGAAAAGUCAUGCGAGGGCUUGUCACUCCUGUUCUUUAUGCUCUCCCUCACUGGAAAUCUGACGUACGGGCUGGGCCUUAUUUCGUACUCCCAGAACAAGGAAUACCUGCUCAACACGCUCCCCUGGCUUCUGGGCUCCCUGGGCACCAUGGUUGAAGACUCGACCAUCUUUGUGCAGUUUCGCAUCUACGGCGACAAUGCCCGCGGGCCGUCUCUGGCCUAA